AUGGAAAUACUUGGUUAUCAAGUAACACGGCAUGCCUAUGGCCUGGACACAGCAUUUGAAGUCCUUAGCGGAAGUGAGGGUAGAACCGUCAAUUUCAACGCCGAGUAUGAUGCACUUCCAGAGAUAGGCCAUGCUUGUGGCCAUAAUCUUAUAGCCACGGCAAGUGUGACGGGUUUCAUCGCUACCUCUCACGUUCUACAGACAUUUGGCAUCGCUGGGAGGGUGCAACUACUUGGUACACCCGCCGAGGAAGACGGAGGAGGAAAGAUUGAUCUCUUGGAUGCCGGAGCGUACGACAAGGUAGAUGUAUCCUUGAUGAUGCACCCAAUGUCAGAAGAUGAUUAUUUAGACAAAGGUGCCCUGGGAUGUGCAGGAUUCUCCAAUGUCGCAUCCUACAGUGUUCACGGCACCUACCAUGGCGUCAGUGCCCACGCUGGAGCCACUCCAUGGGAGGGAGUCAAUGCACUUGAUGCAUUGGUCUCAGCCUACGUCAACAUCUCCAUGCUCAGACAGCAGAUACUACCUUCAGAGAGAAUCCACGGUGCUAUCGUUGAAGCACCGAAGCCCUCAUCAAAUGCCAUACCUGCACUUACCAAGACAGAAUAUACUGCCAGAAGCCCCACUAUCCGCGGUGCUAAGGAACUGGCUGGCAGAAUCCGUCAGUGUAUGGAAGCUGGUGCUCUUGCCACUGGUUGCAAGUUGGACGUGGAAGAGAAAGCCGGGUACGCAGAUUUACGCGUCAAUGAGCCUCUGUGCAGCUCGUUUCAACAGAAUAUAGCUGCCAAUGGUAUCAAGGUCCUGAAGUCCUCAGGUCCCGUCGCCGCAGCUACCGAUCAAGGGAAUGUUUCCUACGUUAAACCAACUCUGCACGCAAUUAUCGGUAUUCCAGUAGAGGAUGGAUGCAAGAACCACACGCCGGGAUUUACCAAGGCAGCAGGGACUUCGAUUGCUUUUGAGAGGGCGGUAAUGUCCGGGAAGGCAAUGGCCAUGACUGCCUUGGAUGUACUCAUGGAUGAUGCCUUCUAUGCACAGGUCAAGCAGAGUUUUGAGAAAGACAAAGAAGCUAGAUAA